CCCUUCAAUAAAUCAAAAUUUCAUCUUUUGAUAAAGRGAUUUUUAGACAAUUGAACGAUCUUGAAAGGAGCGAUCUCACAAAAGCUAUUAUGCUAUCAGGUACCAGUGUCUGACUACUUCAUUUGCAUAAAAGAGUUCCCGGAUGUACUGACCAACUUUGCAAAAUGAAUAUGGCGGACGAGACAUGUGAUGGGUUUGAGGGAUAGUCUGCAUUGAACGGCAACUGGACACUUAAUUACCUCCAAAUUAUCGCAAAGUGAUGAAUUGUAAACAUUUYGUAGUAUUGAAUUUCAAUUUUACCUUUUUAAAACCAUAGUUUAGGCAACCAAAGGCUUUUAGAAUGGGAUCCAAAGUCAAAGUUGCCGUACGAGUUCGGCCAUUAAACCGGCGAGAGAUAGAACUGGGCGACAAAGUCGUUGUCGACAUGGUAGAUGGAAAUUCGACAGUGCUCUUCUCGCCUAGAGACAGGAAACAGUCGAAGACGUUUGCCUUUGAUCACUGCUUUUGGUCCAUAGACUCUACAAACAACAAAUAUGCAGACCAAGAAAAAGUUUAUGAAUGUCUUGGUAAAGAUGUAUUGGAGAAUGCAUUUGAAGGCUACAAUGCCUGUAUAUUUGCUUAUGGCCAAACAGGYUCUGGCAAGACAUAUACCAUGAUGGGUGGACAAGGUGACAAAGGUGUCAUUCCAAGAUUGUGUGACAAUUUAUUUGCUGGAAUAUCAACGAAUGACAACAAUGAUGUCAACUAUAGAGUUGAAGUUUCUUACAUUGAAAUCUACAAUGAAAAAGUCCGAGAUCUACUCUGCCCAAGAGGUGGUAACACAGCCCUGCGUGUACGAGAGCACAAAGUCCUUGGUCCAUAUGUUGAGGGUCUUACAAAGUUGGUUGUUUCAUCUUACGAGGACAUCGAAACUAUYAUGAUGGAAGGAAAUAAGUCAAGAACUGUAGCAGCCACUCGUAUGAAUACAGAAAGUAGUCGUUCCCAUGCAGUCUUCAAUAUUGUGCUGGCAAGAACAGAAUAUGAUCACCAUACUGAGUGUAUUGGAGAGAAAGUCAGUAAAAUGAGUCUUGUCGAYUUGGCUGGCAGUGAAAGGGCAAGCAAGACRGGRGCYGAAGGUGAAAGACUCAAAGAAGGAAGCAACAUUAACAAAUCUUUGACAACAUUAGGACAAGUUAUAUCAAGUUUAGCAGACCAGUCUUCUGUCAAGCACCACAAGAAAGGAGCUCACUUUGUACCAUACAGAGAUUCCGUUUUAACCUGGCUUCUUAAGGAUAAUCUUGGUGGCAAUAGUAAGACUGUGAUGGUUGCUACAGUCAGUCCAUCAGCUGAUAACUAUGAAGAAACUUUAUCGACUCUCAGGUAUGCAGACCGUGCCAAGAGGAUUGUCAAUCAUGCUGUUGUCAAUGAAGAUCCUAAUGCAAGGGUAGGUAACGAAAGGCACAAGGCAUUAGAAGAUAUGGGAAUAUCAGUGCAGUCCUCGGGAAUUGCUGUUGAAAAGAAUAAGUUUUACCUUGUGAACUUGAACGCUGACCCUUCAAUGAAUGAAUUAUUGGUUUAUUAUUUAAAGGAGCAUACAAAAGUAGGGCGGCUAAGUCCAAACUUACCUCCACCAGAUAUUCAGCUUGGAGGUCUUGGUAUUCUACCAGAACACAGCACGAUGGACAUUGAGGGAAAUGAAGUUUACCUUACAUCCAUGCCCAAUGCAAGAACAUUUGUGAAUGGUAAAGACGUCAAAGAGCCAACUCUUCUUAAGCAUGGUGACAGAAUCUUGUGGGGCAACAACCACUUCUUUCGAAUUAACUGUCCAUUGACUCCUGGAAGUGAGGUCCAACCUGAACAACCUGUYGACUUCUUGUCAGCUCAACAUGAAUUAAUGAUGAAUCAAAUUGUACAAGGUCCUCUGCAUGAGUCUAUUAAAGCACUUGAAGAACAGUACCAAGCUGAUAAGCAGGGAGCGCUGGAAAAGCAACGUCUAAUGUACGAGGAAAAAAUUGAGGAACUGCGAAACCAAGUCCAAAUUAACCCUAACCGUCAGUCAAUGGAUCGAUCAUGGAGUAUGGGCUCUUUUAGUUCGGGCUAUGGGUCCCGUAUGUCAUGGUACGAAGAUAGAGACUUGUCAAACCAGUUUGAGAAACAGGAACAGCGACCUCUUGUGUUAAAGGAAGCAGUGUUACAGGCAAACACUCUUGUGCGAGAGGCCAAUCAGCUCAGCGAGGAGAUGGGAAAAGACACCGAGUUUGCAGUAACCUUACAGAUCCCAACAUCAAGUCUAAGUUUCGGUCGAAGUCGGUCAGGAUUCAGCAGUGAGGUCGCCAUUGUUGUCAAACACAAAACCAAGGGAACACAAAUCUGGUCGCUUGAUAAACUGGAAAACAAGAUAUUUGACAUGAGGGAACUGUACAACCAGUGUGUUGAGGAGGGUGUUUCAUUCAGCAGUAAGGUACAUGAUGAAGAUUCCGAUCUGUUUUUCGAGGUCGAGUGCCACACCCUUAUUGGUGUUACCAAUGUCUUCCUGGAAUGUCUGCUCCAUGACGUCAGUCAUGAAUAUGCUGCACCAAUCAUUAGCCAACAAGGGGAGGUUUGUGGAAAAUUAAAAGUAGAGGUUUCUCGGAUCACAGAUUCAGAUAAUGAAUCGGUCGAGUCUUCCUCCGAAGAUGGCCGAGUGAGUCCCGAAGAUGACGACAUGGAAGACGUCGAUGAUCUAGAAGACCUUAAACUUGGGCAUCGCAUGGAAGUGUGCGUCAAUGUAAUCGAGGCUUACGAUCUACCACCAGCGUUGUGCAACUAUGUAUUUUGUCAGUACCAGCUGUGGAAGGAUAAGGAUACAGUUGUUGUACCGCCCAUCAAUGCAAGCUUGUCACAUCCAGGACCUAAAACCAACACUAUGAUCUUUGAGAAUAAGCAGUCAUUUGAUAUCGAAAUAACAGAAGAAUUCUUGGAGUAUGCGUCUGAAAACUCGCUAGCCAUCGAGGUUUGGGGGAAUCGCAGCCAAGGAUUUGAUUCAAAAAGUAGUUUGAAUUGGAAUUACAACGUAGARGCACCACAGAAAGGACUUCAUGAUCGAUGGCAUGAACUCGUUCGUAAACUCGACCUCUGGUUUGAAGUCCACGAGAUUAACGAUCUUGGUGUGUACGCACCUGUUGAGCUCAACAUUCGUGAAGGUAAAGAAACUGGGGGAAUCUUCCAACUCCGUCAAGGUCACUCGCGUCGUGURGUGGUGAGAGUUAACCCCAUUCCUAAGUCAGGAGCUCUUCCAGUUGUCUGUAAUACMAUUACUAAUGUAUCUAUUGGGAGUAUAUGUGUACGAAACAAGCAACAGAAGGGAUUGGAUAGUUAUCAAGAGAAAGACUUAUCAUUAAUGCGAGAAAAAUGGUCAAAUUCUCUUAUGAAGCGACGCGAAUAUCUCGACCAGCAAAUCCACUCMUCAAUAGGGAGCUCAGAUAUCGAUAAGUCAGUUGUYGAGAARGAAMGAGAAAGUUGGUUGAUCGAUCAGUGGGUGAACCUUACUGAAGAAAGAAAUGCUGUCCUCUGUCCCUUACCGGGUAGUGGRAUACCUGGRGCACCACCGUUACAGGAGUAUGAUUAUCGCAACGUUGGAGGUGAUGAUGUSAGCCCUGCUGGAGUAGAUUCUACAUUGUAUUAUGAAAACCCUGAUAACAUGAUAAGCUUGCCAAUUAUUAAAUAUGAYCAGAAACAGGUAUCAGCUACUGCAUCCUGGGAUUCAUCSAGUCACGAUGCCAUCGAAUUAACUCGGGUUACUGGAUCAAAUGAAAGAGUUUAUCUUAUAGUUAAGGUAUUAUAUUUGGUUGAUACCCUCCUACCAAACAUUCACUUUUUGUAUUAUGUGAAAAUGAAGUCCAAAUCUACCGAUCUACGKUACAGCUGUGGAGUAGUCUACGAACUCGUGUCCCACAUACCCAGGCAACCUGGUGAAGAGACUGAAGAGCGAGCAAGUCUGGCACAAAUGGCAGCCCAAGCAGUYGGUGAGGAAGAAGAAGACGAAACUGUUCUCAGACGGUACAGUAAAGGGAUAUCAAACGUUGAAAGUCUUUUAGCAUUGGACAAGCUAAGACAGGAAGUGCAAGUUAAAGAGAAACUUGCUGCCAUCGGGAAACCUUUAAGAAAGUUUGCAAGUACACCGAACCUCGCAGCAUCGUCGACAAUGUCUGAUUUAACAUUUGGAGGAAGUCCAGGCCGAUUUGAUGUUGCAGAAACGGCGCGUUUCUUAGAUUUUAAGAGUUAUGGAAUGAAUUCUGGUUUAACGUCUGAUCCUCGACAAAAUCGAACUUUCCACGGACGUGAGGAAGCACUGAUYGAUUUCUCGUCGUACACUACCUCGCCACCCAGCCAAACCAGCACACCAACAACUACAGCUGGUGUUGUACUGCGAAAUUCUGCUGGUCGAACUCAAAAUCCUCGUCCAAGUUCUUUAGUUAUGGAUUUGGAAACACUGUCUGAAGAUUCCAAGGAACCAAGCCCRAAGGUUGAAAUCCCCGAUCGUUUUGACUUCAACGAUCUAAAACUACCUGCGUCGGUCCAACUUGCUACGAGUCCUUUACCGAACGAUAUUCGCGAUAGGUCGGCAAGCUCGGAUACGAUUACAUUUGACGACAAUGCGGCGUUGGCUUACGACGACCUUCCGACUCCAACUCCUUUUCAAUUCAUGAAGAAUACGAAGGCUCUCGAGAAUUCCGAUAAAAGUACGAAAGAGAAAUCAGAUGACGAGAAAACGYCUGAAAUUGAUGACCCUCUCGGGGCGAAUUUAGUACUGUUUGAUACUGUUUCUGAGGAUAAGAGAGCAAUGAACACACCAAGCAAGGACAAUUUAUUGGACAAUUGCGAAAAUAAACCUCUACUYGACCUUGGUUCGAAUGAAAAUCCUAUUUCAAAUUUCUCGACAACUGACAGUAUUCAGCUGCAGAGCUCAACAAAUAACAUUGGGAAUGAUUUAAUUAGUUUAGAUAGUGAAACACAACAUAAAUCCGAACAAUUAAAAGAACCUUUAUCUCUUACUUUGGACGACUUAUCAACAAGUGACUUUCUACCUGAUGUCCAAAGUUUAUUAAAGCCCGAAUCAAYGCCGAAAACAUCCGACAAGGUGUCGGAAGAAGAAACAUCACUUUUGUUGACUCCUCCGGAUGAAACCGAAUUAACGCCGAGAAAUUCCGAUGAGACUUCGGAAAAAGACAAAUACCUAUUAUCGUCUUCUAAUCUCGAGACCGAAUUAACCCCGAUGGAUACCGACAAGACUUCGGAAGAGGAGAAAUACCUUUUAUCGUCUUCUCGGGAUGAUUUAGAUUCAUUUGGAAGUCGAGAUGACUUGGCGUCUUCUAUGGAUAGCUUGGAUUGGAAUGAAGAUACCCUUGGAAACUUAAAACCAGGGAUGGCGGUAUGGCUCGGUGAGGGGAAGACUGGAGUUAUUCGGUUUACUGGUCCGACCGAGUUUGCCCCGGGAAUGUGGGUUGGCGUGGAGCUGGACAAACCUGGAGGGCGCAACGAUGGAUCAGUUCAAGGUGUGCGAUACUUUGCCUGCAAGCCAAGGUUUGGCUCCUUCGUUCGUCCAGACAAAGUCACACCAAUUGAGCACAGUGCACGAGAACGAAGCACUUCACGAAGAAUCASUGGCUCUCGCGAGAACAAYGCUCGCACAUCGUCCAAUAGAGCUUUAAAUAAAACCGAAAGCACGUCACGUACAUCGCUUGUUAAAAGCGCUAACCGACGGCGUACCGAAAGCCCGAGCAGAGUCCGAAACGACAGCUCAACGAGCACUUCCCGAGCUUCAGCCGUUCGAGCGGACAAUUCAACUUCAAGUCCCAGCCCCGUUACGAAGCGGGACAAUGCGGGGAAAAAUCGAAAGAARGACGAUUGGAAAAGAAGAUCAAAUAUUUUAUUUUAAUUAAUUUUGUAGAUAUUUUUAGAUUUUAAAACACGAAAAAAUGGGGGACAUAUCAGAUAGGUUUCUACUUUAUUAAUUAAUGGCGAUAAUGUUGAAUGGUGAAGACUUUUGUAAUUUUUAAAAACCUUAAGGUUAAAGUUAGCCCAAUUUCAUGGCAGAYCAGUUUACCAGCAUGCAUUGCGGUCAGCCAGUUGUCUCGUAAAUCGUUAAAAAUGAAAUAAAACUUGUCCUAAAAAAUUUGGGAAAAUUUCGCAGUAGAGUUAUUUUGUAAAAAAAAACUUUUGGCCACACCUAUGGUUUUCUUACUAAAUAAGGUGUAACUAAAAUUACCUUUUAUUUAAAUAAUAAAUGAUCUUCACGAGKGUCAAGAAAAAUUGGGCUGUCGACGAGUUCGCAAGGCAUGCUGGUAGAUCAAAAAGCAUGGUAAAAUACAGGGCAAAUCAAAUCAUUUUAUUUGAUAAUUUUUACAUCKAUUGUAAAUAGUACAAAAUUGGCCGACUAAGAAAUAGGGGUUAUWUUAUCCCAUAAGUGGGAUAUAAACAUUAAUUUUAAAGCAAGUUUGCAUUAUAUUAGACUAGUUGAAUUUAGUUUUUUAGAAUGGUGGCAAAUUAAGAACGGCUUUUUUAGAACAGAACUUAACUUUUGGGAUAUAGAAACGACUUAAAAUAGAGCUYGGAAAUUAAUGUUUUUAUUUUAGAAGAGAAUAGUAAAAAGAAUGGAUUUUGCUGGA